AUGGCAACAACUGAAACCAGAAACACACUCCAAAACAAGCAUAUAUAUCUAGUCUUUCUUGAAGGAGAACCAGUGGCAUUUCACAAAGCAACUUCUCAUGAUUCACAGAUAAAAUCACAUCAAAUUUUUAAUCCUGAAAGGGCUUAUGGGAAGAGCUUGAUUGAAUCUCAUGAUCAUCUUCUCAAGAGCACUCUUGACACUGGCUCUUACACUAAACUCUACAGCUUUCAUCACAUCAUCAAUGGCUUUGCUAUUCACACCACCCAAUCUCAGGCAGAUAAACUCAGAAGAGUACAAGGAGUUUCUUUGAUUGAGAAAGAUAGAGGUGUGAAGUUAAUGACUACAUAUACACCAAACUUUUUAGGACUACCAAAAGGAGCAUGGGCACAAGAAGGCGGCGAAGAACACGCCGGAGAAGGCAUUGUGAUCGGAGUUAUUGAUACAGGAAUCAAUCCUAAACACCCUAGUUUUGCUUAUGAUCCAUCAAAGCCUUACGAUAAUCCUCGAUUUUGUGGUGUUUGUGAUGUUGGUCCAAAAUUUCCACAAGGAUCAUGUAAUGGUAAGAUUGUUUCAGCAAGAUUCUUCUCUGCUGGUGCUGCUUCUGUUCUUCCUUUGAAUGCUUCAAAAGAUUUGACACCAUUUGAUCAAGUCGGACAUGGAAGUCAUGUAGCUUCAAUUGCCGCCGGAAAUUGGGGAGUUCCGGUGGUUGUUAACGGCGUUGUAUAUGGAUUUGCAAGUGGAAUGGCUCCUCAAGCAAAGAUUGCAGUGUACAAGGCUAUAUAUCCUGAAGGAGGAACAAUGGCAGAUGUGGUUUAUGCAAUAGAACAAGCAACAAAAGAUGGAGUGGAUGUAAUGGUGCUAUCAAUAGGCCCAGAUGAAGCAGCAGCAGAAGAAGAAGAGGAAACAAUAACAAUGAUGAGUGUGUUUGAGAUAUUGUUGUUGUUUGUGAGAAGGGCUGGUGUGUUUGUUGUGCAAGCUGCAGGGAACAAGGGUCCCUGCACAAGCACUGUUGUUUCUUUCAGCCCUUGGGCUUUUGCUGCUGCUGCCGCCACCACUGGUCGAAGUUACAUUUCUACCCUUGUCUUGGGUAAUGGCUCUCAUCUCUUUGGCAUGGGCUUAUCAGGACCAACUCAAGGCAAAGGAAAGAAAAAAUUAAAGUUAGUAGAUGCUAAGGAUGCAUCAAAGGUGGUAAUGGUGACCAAGAAUAAUGAGACCACAAGUUACAGCAAUAUUAAUGCAGAGGAAUGCCAAGACCCAGAAACACUUGAUCCAAUGGUGGUGAAAAACAGCAUUGUGAUAUGCACAUUCUCACAAGGUUUCUUCAAUGGCACAUCCACAAUCACUGCCAUUAUCAACACCUCCAUUCUUCUCAGUUUUGCAGGAUUUAUCUUUGCUGCAAACCCUGAUUAUGGUGACUUCAUUGCUCAGCCUCUUCCCUUCUCUUUGCCAGCCAUCAUCAUUCCUUCCAUUGCUGAUGUUGAGACUCUUAUGGAAUACUACAACAAUCACACUGAAAGAGACAAGAGCACAGACAAAGUGAUAAAAUUUAAAGCAAGAGCAUCCAUUAAAGAAGGAAGAGUAGCUUCAUUCAAUGAAAGCAGCCCAACAGUCUCAAGCUUCUCAUCAAGAGGACCUGACAUUCUUGACAACAAGCUCAACCCUGCAGAUGUUCUUAAGCCUGACAUUCUUGCACCAGGUCACCAAAUUUGGGCUGCAUGGAGCCCUUCAAGUGGACAUGACCCUAUUUUUUCCGACGAAAACUUUGCAAUGUUAUCGGGGACGAGCAUGGCGGCUCCGCAUGUAGCCGGAGUGGCGGCAUUACUGAUGAAAGCUCAUCCUACAUGGUCACCAUCCAUGGUGGCUUCAGCCAUUUGCACUAGCUCUUUGCAGUGUAACAAUAAGGGGUUGCCUAUCAUGGCUCAUGGCCUUGAAGUUCAAGCAUUGUAUCCUUCUACUCCCUUUGAUCAUGGUGCUGGUUUUAUUAAUCCUACUGCUGCACUUGAUCCUGGCCUUGUCUUCUCAUCAGCAUUUGAAGACUAUAUAAACUUCUUGUGCUCUCUACCAAACCUUGAUCCAUCAAAGGUAAGAUCAGUGACAGGAAAAGCAUGCAACACUUCUCAUCAAACUUCAACUUCAGACUUGAACCUGCCAUCUAUAACCCUGUCAAAACUAUCAAAGUUCAAAUCAGUGAAAAGACAAGUGUUGAAUGUGGCUAAGUAUCCAGAGAAGUACUUGUGUUCCAUUGUGGCACCUCAUGGAACUCUAGUGGAUGUGAUGCCAAGAUGGUUCACUAUAUUCCCUCAAGAGAUUCAAGUUUUGGAGAUUCAAAUUAAUGUUACAAAUCCAUUGAAGUUGUUUACUUUUGGUGAGAUUGUUCUUGUGGGGAGUUUGAAUCAUGUUGUUAGAUUUCCAUUGUCUGUUUUCCCUAUGGAGGUGUGA